AGCGGAGCAGUGGAGCCGUGGGUGACGGCGCCAGACGCCGCGGUGGCCGCGGGGAGAUCGCCGGCUGGGCGAUGCGGCCCGUGGACGACACUGGGGCCGCCAAGCGGCUGGAGUCCGGGCUGCCGCUGGUGGACAUCCCGCCCCCGGGCUCCAGGCAAGAGUCGGCGGCCACGGAGGUAGCGGAGACGCCCGGCCCCGGCGGGUGCUGGCAGUGUCCUUCAUUGCCGUGCGGCUCGCGCGCGGAGCAGGAAGCUGAGAAGAAAGCACCCUGUCCUGGACUUGGCUUGUUUUACACAUUAUUGUCUGCGUUCCUCUUCUCAGUGGGCUCUUUAUUUGUUAAAAAAGUGGAAGACAUCCACGCUGUAGAAAUUAGUGCAUUCCGAUGUGUGUUCCAAAUGCUAAUCAUUAUCCCUUGCUUAAUAUGCAGAAAAACUGGGUUUAUAGGCCCCAAAGGUCAACGAAUCUUCCUCCUUCUCAGAGGAGUCCUUGGUUCUAGUGCCAUGAUCCUUUUAUACUACGCCUACCAGUCAACAUCCCUCGCUGAUGCCACGGUUAUCUCAUUUAGCUGUCCAGUGUUUACGUCUAUAAUUGCUUGCAUAUUUCUCAAGGAAAAGUAUAGCCCUUGGGACGCUGUCUUCACUGCAUUCACAAUCACCGGAGUGAUCCUUAUCGUGAGGCCGCCAUUUUUGUUUGGUUCCGAAGUUGUGGAGACGGAUAAAGACUAUUCAGUUCACCUGAAGGGUGCUUUCGCAGCACUUGUACACGCUGUGUUUGCUGCCGUGACUUUAGUUAUCCUAAGGAAAAUAGGGACAUCUGUGGACUACGUGUUGAGCAUUUGGUAUUAUGUAGUAGCUGGCCUUACCGAGUGCGUCAUUGCCCUUUCUAUAUUAGGAGAAUGGAGUCUGCCGCACUGUGGGUUGGACAGGCUAUUUCUCAUACUAAUUGGGCUGUUUGGUUUGGGAGGUCAGGUGUUUCUCGCAAAAGCCAUUCAGAUAGAAAAAGCAGGGCUAGUAGCAUUAAUGAAGACUAUGGAUGUAGUCUUUGCUUUUAUCUUUCAGAUUAUUUUCUUUCAUGAUGUGCCGUCGUGGUGGACAGUGGGUGGCUCCUUAUGCGUAGUAGCCAGUAGCAUUGGAGCGGCCGUUCGUAAAUGGUACCAGAGCUCCAAAUAAAGCAUCAUUGCUGAAAUGUGUAUUUCUUUAAAGUACACCAUCACCCAGUUGAGACAUACCACCCGCAUACACACCUGGAAAAUCUGCAUUUACUUCAUUGACUAUAUUCAAUACAUUUCAUAGUUAAGGUACCAUUUUUGAAUAUGGUACGUCUUUAAUUAGUUGAGGCUAGCCAGUCAGUUGGGUGUAGCAAUUAUUAUUUUUUGUGUGUGUCAGUUAUUUUUUGGUUUUGGUUUUGGCUUUGGUUGUUGGGGUGGCAUUUGG